AUGGCCGAAUCCGGCGACUCGUCCCCCAACUCCGCCGCGGCAACGGAGGACGCGCACCACGAGGCGUCCGAGGCGGCGGUGCAUGCGCAGCCGGCGCCGCAGACGCGCCCGCCGCCGCCACCGUCCAAGGUGCGGCUGAUGGUCAGCUACGGGGGCCGCAUCCAGCCGCGCCCGCACGACAACCAGCUCGCGUACGUCAACGGCGAGACCAAGAUCCUGUCGCUGGAGAGGCCGCUCGUCUUCACCGACUUCGCCGCGCGCCUCGCUGCGCUGGCCGGGAACGCCGGGGACGUCUGCGUCAAGUACCAGCUGCCCGGGGAGGACCUGGACGCGCUCGUCUCCGUCACCAACGACGAGGAUCUGGAGCACCUCGUCCUCGAGUACGACCGCCUCCACAUCCAACGCCCCGCAACGGCAUCCUCCGCAGGCUCCGGCUCCGGCUCCAGCCGCGGCGGAUCCACGCUCAGGCUCAGGGUCUUCCUCUUCCCCGUCCAGUCGCCCCAGCCACCUCCGCCGCCGCCGCAGCCGGCUGGGCUCCUCGAGCCCAAGGCGGAGCAGCCCCACUGGUUCGUCGAGGCGCUCAACACCGUCCCGCUGCCGCCCUCCAAGCAGGACCCGCCGCCCGUGACCCCGCAGCAGUCGUCCCCGCCGCAGCAGCAGAAGCAGGAGUCGGUGUUCGCGCAGCAGUCGUCGCCGCCGCCGCCGCUGGCCAAGCACGAGGCGGUGUUCGUCCAGCAGGCUCCGCCUCAGCCGCACACGGUGGUGCAGAUGCCGCCGCCGCAGCAGCAGCAGCAGCAGGCGCACGUGGUACUCGCGGCGGCGAGCCCCGACUACCUGUUCGGCCUCGACAACGGCUUGGUGCCUCCCCCGGCGGUGAAGGUCAAGGACCCGUCGGGCGACCCCUCGACGGUCAGGGAGAACGUGCCCGUGGAGAUACCUGCCAAAAACGACGACCGCCAUCCCAACCCCAACGCGGGCGACCACGUGGCUGUCUCCCCUGUCGUCUCUCCUGCAAAGUACCAGCGCCAGAUCCAGGAGCUCGAGAAGCUGCAGGUCGCCGACAACGCCACCCACCAACCACCACCUCCUGCAGCGGCGCCUGCUCCGGCACCUUCCCUCGCCGCCGCCCCCGUCCCCGUCCCCGUCCCCGUCCCCGUCCCCGCCGCCCUCCCGAGGAACGGCAGCGACGACUCCCUGACCCGCGCCUACCCUCCCGCGACCGCGACCCCAACCCCUACCGCCAACGCGGAGUACUACCUUCCAAAGUUCUCGGAGAAGCCCCCCGUGCCGCCGCCGUCAUCCGCUCCGCCCGCGACGGCCUACCUGCAGGUGCAGGGCAGGUACGCAUCCGUCGCUCCUGGCUCCGGCGCGGACCAUGGCCCCGUGUUCUUCAUCCCGGCGCCCCACGGCUACUUCGCCGCCACGGCCUCCCCAGGUGCGACCUCCUACCCCGCCGUGUACGCCGUCGCGCCACCCAGUGCCACCCCCACCGCCAACAGCUCCGCCCCCUCACCCGCCGUGUCGAAUGCCACGUCCUACGCCCCCGCCCCCACACAGGUCGCGUACGACAGCAAUGGCCGCGCCAUCUACUACACCAGCAUGCUCCCCCAGUACCCUUCGGCUGUCAAUGGCAUGUCGGCGUCGGGCGCCGUGUUCGGGACAGAGCCCGCGAAGCCGGUGGCCGUGAAGCCGACUGUCUCGUGA